GAGUAUUUACGAAUCCCGGCCUUUAUCUACGUGAUGCUAGGUUCAAACUUGUCUACUGGCAGCCAGUCAUUUCAUGUGGUUUCUUCGGUCUCAAGGUUUGGUGAGGCCUCUCCGUAUCACCAGAACCCACCACUUUCUGUAUAUCCACGUUCGUUAUUGGAACAUGUUGUUAGUCUUGAUAUCGACCAUCAACCCGCAUAUGUCCGAAAUACUGGUAUAAUAUGCACCAUCGGUCCUGCUUGUCGCACUGUCGAGAUACUACAGAAUAUGAUGACAUCUGGAAUGAAUAUUGCCCGUCUGAAUUUCUCUCACGGCAGUCACGAAUAUCAUGCGAAAACCAUUGAGUUGGUCCGAGAGGCUGCCGCAACUUUAAAACCGUUCCCUCGACCGAUAGGGAUUGCUUUGGAUACCAAGGGGCCUGAAAUUCGUACUGGCCUUAUUAACGGGAGUGGGACCGCUGAAGUCAAUCUUCAAGUUGGUCAUAAAAUACGUGUAACCACUGAUUCCGCAUACAUGGAAGCAUGUAAUGAGUCUAUUCUGUAUGUGGACUACCGAAAUAUUGUACAUGUUCUGUCUAAAGGAUCAAAGAUUUUCGUUGAUGAUGGUUUAAUAAGCUUAGUGGUUUUGGAUAAAGGUCCUGAUUACCUUGAAUGCGAAGUUGAAAAUGGUGGAAAGCUAGGGUCUCGUAAAGGAGUUAAUCUCCCAGGAGCCCAUGUCGAUUUAGAUGCAGUAUCAGAAAAAGACAAACAAGAUCUUCGUUUUGCAGUUGAGCAUAACGUUGACAUGGUGUUUGCCUCUUUCAUCCGGAAUGCUGAUGCUGUACACCAGAUCCGUCAACUUCUCGGUGAUAAUGGUUCCCACAUUAAAAUCAUCGCUAAAAUCGAAAAUCAUGAAGGCGUCCAACGAUUUAAUGAAAUCCUUGAUGCUGCUGAUGGAAUUAUGGUUGCUCGUGGUGAUCUAGGAAUAGAAAUCCCUGCUGAAAAGGUUUUCAUAGCACAAAAGAUGAUGAUUGGUCGCUGUAAUCAGGUUGGGAAGCCUGUGAUAUGUGCCACACAAAUGUUGGAGUCAAUGACUACUAAGCCUCGUCCAACACGUGCUGAAUCAAGUGACGUUGCUAAUGCCGUACUUGAUGGUGCAGACUGUGUUAUGCUUUCAGGAGAAACAGCCAAAGGAUUAUAUCCAUUAGAGGCUGUACAAACUAUGCACCGUAUAUGUGUACAGGCUGAGGCAGCAAUGUUUCAUGGACAAUUGUUUGAAGAUUUGAAGUCUUCUUUAUAUGGCCCAACUGAAAUGGCUCACACCACUGCCAUUGCUGCUGUAGAAGCUGCUAGUCGUUGUAAUGCUGCCGCUAUCAUUGUGAUUACAACAUCUGGCCGAUAGGAAGACGUUAUGGAAACUACUUCAACACUAUGGAGUUCUUGAGAAGAUUGUCAACGUUAUCCGGAACUCAUACGACGGACUACAGUGCAAAGUCGUGCAUGGAGAACAGCUGACAGAUGCAUUCCAAGUAAGGACCGGAAUCAAACAAGGCUGUCUACUCUCUCCCUUCCUCUUUCUUCUGGUGGUCUACUGGAUUAUGAAAACCUCGACAUCUGAAGGAAAACACAGCAUAUAAUGGACAUCUCAGAACUAAUUAUAGACGAUUUGGACUUCACAGACGACCUAGCCCUCGUAUCCAAUACACACGAACAAAUGCAGAUAAAGACAGCCAGUGUAGCAGCAGUCUAUGCAUCAGUAGGCCUCAACAUAUACAAGAAGAAAACCAAGAUCCUCAAAUUCAAAACGGAGAACAGCAGUCCAAUCACUCUUGAUGGCGAAACUCUGGAAGAUGUAGAAUCCUUCACAUACCUGGGAAGCAUCAUCGAUGGACAUGGAGGUUCAGAUGCGAACGUAAAAGCGAGGAUUGGCAAAGCAAGGGCCAUAUUUCUACAAUUGAAGAACAUAUCGAACUCAAAACAACUGUCUGUCAACCAAUAUCAAAAUCAAAAUCUUCAAUACGGACGUCAAAACAGUCAGUUCUACUGUACGGAGCUGAAACUUGGAGAACUACUACAACCAUCAUCAAAAAGGUAUAAGUACUUAUAAAUAGCUGUCUAUGCAAGAUACUCAACAUCCAUUGGUCGGAUACCAUCAGCAACAGCCUCCUCUGGGAGAGAACAAACUAUCUUCCAGCUAAAGAAGAAAUUAGGAAAAGACGAUGGAUAGGACAUACAUUACGCAAAUCAUCAAACUGCAUUACGUGGCAAGCCCUGACUUGGAAUCCUGAAGGGAAGCGGAAAAGAGGAAGGCCAGAGAACACAUUACGUCGGGAAAUAGAAUCAGAUAUGAAAAGGAUAAAUAACAACUGAAAGGAGCCAGAAAGGAUUUCCCAGGACAGGGUUGGAUGGAGAAUGCUAGUGAGUGGCCUAUGCUCCUUCACGAGGAGUUUCAGGCUUCAUGCCAAUUGAUCUCACGUCAUAGACCUCGUUGCCCAAUUCUCACUGUGACACGUCAUGAAUAUAUUGCUCGUCAAAUUCACCUUUAUCGUGGCGUUCAUCCUUUGUAUUAUGGUGAACCACGAGCUGGAGAAUGGUACGAAGAUAUGGACCGUAGAAUUCGUUAUGCUAUUGAUUAUGGUAGAAAGCGUUCAUUUUUCUCGCCUGGGUGCUUCGUAAUAAUCGUAACUGGUUGGAAAGCUGGUUCCGGUUCUACAAAUACACUUCGUGUUGUCAAACUAGAAGAUGCAGAAACUAAGCCAAUAGUUAUGGUGCCAAGUAUUACACACUUUGAUGAUUAGGUUAACUUAUAUAAUUGAUGAUUCAAAUGAUGGGACUUUAUCACAAACACUUUUUCAGUUCUUUUAGUUUCAUCGUAUGUACUUCAAUUUAGUCAUGUUCCGUUCCUUACCCUCUUAAUCACAGAAAUUAUUGUCAUUUAUAUUAAUAGAUGUAACCUUACAGCUGAAAUUCGUUUCAUUCAACUAUAAUUGUCUAAAUACUUUGUGGAAGCAUCACUUAAUAGAUGUGUAUGUGUGUAGUCGUCUUUUUUAGUAGACCUAUGAUUGUACUUCUUUACUUUCCUCUUUUCACGCACGCAACUUAGAAAUGUCUGAAAAUUUAUAAGAUAACAUUUUAUUUUUUUUCAAAUCAAGUCAUUGAUUAAUCAUUUUCCUGCAUGUGUGCGUCAUGUUAAAAUAAUUGUACGCAAUAUACUUUCCAGAU